AUGUACAGCCACAGGGGAUCGAUCAUUUGGCACCACUGCUUGCUUACCUUGCAGAAAAAUUGGGCAAAGGGGGAGCGCCAGACAUUCCUCACCUCGCACCUCGAUACCUACAGAGAUGCGUGUCUCGUGUCUCGUGCCUCAUCCACUCAAGCCCUCGAUAAAAUCAUCAAUGCAUACUUUCUUAAAUUCCACUGGUCUCUCCCUCACACGUUGCUUCCAGGAGCACUACCAAUGGUUCGCUUUGAUAGUGAUGGGUUUGAGAUCCUCUCGGCGGAGGAAGCCACUCACAAAGGGAAGGUUAUCGCAGCUAUGAAAAAGUGGUACAAUCACCGAAAUAAAGUCGCUCCCGCCCUACCUCGAUCUAAGUCAGCUAAAAAGGAUGAUCCAAUCGCCACUCUUCUACAUAGGUUACUCGGCGACCCUUCCCCUCCUAAACACCAUGCAGCUUGGGAAGCCUGGGGUAAAGACAAUUUUCAAUCGUUGAAAGCCGACUUCGACGCGGAGUUUGAAGCCACAAACGGGCUCGAGAAAAAUCGCGUCAAAGAAUGUAACAAGUUCAAACGACGAGAAUUUGGAAAACUCAGUGACGACAAACAGGAGAAAUGGUCAGAAGUCAUUCACUCAGAAUGGGAGGAAGCGAAGCAAAUUCUCAAGGACCGGGAUUCGGGCCCCAGGUUUCUUGAACCAGCUGCCGCCCAAAAAAGGGCUGGUACAGGUAAGAAGCAGAAGAAACAAAAGAAGAUACGAACGUUCUUGGUGUCUGACGAUGACGAUGAAGAGGACGAGGAUGAGGAUGAGGAUGGCAAGGAUGACGAGGAGGAGGAGGAGGAGGAGGAGGAGGAGGAGGAGGAAGAAAACGAAGAAAAGGCGGGCGAUGACAACGAAGAGGGACCGUCGGCCACUGCUCCCAUGAGACACAGCACCAGGUUGAAGAACCGCAAUCCAAACACGAUCACGCCAUCCGAAGAACCUUCAACAUUGACAUAUACGUCAACGGUAGCUGCUCCUGCUGUUCGAAAACGAUCUCUGCCACUUUCGCCCCUCGCACCUCCCAAACUAACAUCCGCCAUUCGGAUUUAUGUGCACUUCGAAAAAAAAGCCAGCUUCACAGUUGGAUCGCCGCACUCCGGAUUCAAAGUUGACAACCGACCGUCAGAGGUGGCAUAUUGGGUUGGCCAUGGUCGCAAGUCAGCGCCACCGAUCAAGGACCUCGCAUUGUUUGAAGCAGGUUGGUGGAACUGGUGGAAGGGGCUCCAGCCGAAAUGGCGGUCCGUCGUCGAGGUAGAAGGUCCACUGACAGCCGUACACCGUGAAGUGACAGAUGGAGAGGGUGGCUGGGCAGCUAUUGAUAGGCACGGGCAGAACGCGUUUUUGACCGUUCUGUCCUGCCUGGUAUGGUGGGGCGCUGCUUUGAACGGCUGCCAAGGAGAGAGUGAGGCAUGGAUGGCGGCGGUGGCCGACGUUCACUGGGUGCUCACCAAUCUCGUCAGUAAUUUAUGCUUUUUGGUGUACAACUUGUAG